UCCACCUUUAGCUUCAGUUUUACAGCAAAAAUAAUACACUCUCCCUCCCGCCCGAAGAACAUCUACAAGCGAAGUCACAGAAGGAAAUUAGAAAAGCAGAGAGAGUACAAAGGAAGAGCGAGAGAGCAUGCAAUUGCAAACCCUCCUUCUCCCCCUUCUCAGCCAUGUCUCUUCCACUUUUGACCCUCUCUCUUCUUCUCUCAAUUCAAGUCUCCUCAUCCCCUCUCUCUCACCUCCUCCACCUCCCCCACAUUUGUUGACUUCCCAUCAUGAUCAUGGCGGAAUCACCAGAAUCAUCGGUAGCGGGAGCCGGCCGAGUUGGAGCUGCAGAGGAGGAAGCUUCGGCGGCGCCCGACGUGGAGAAAGUUCUGGACUUUCUGCGCAGGAGUGGGUUGAAAGAGGUCGAAUUGGCUCUUAAGGAGGAUAUCAUCGAGAAAAACGAAUUGGGUUGUGUGGAUUUCGAGAAAUUCUUGUUUGAGCUACCUCCGGUGAGGAUUCCGCCGGCCGCUUUCCAGCAGUCGGAGGCGGGGGAAGAAGACUUCUCCGCCGGCGGCCGUGCUCCUCGUGAUGGAUCGAAUUCUGGGUUUAGCUCCAAUGAUGACUUCGUCAGCUUGGGAUCUUCCACCAGUGCUCUCUGCUCUUCAGAAUUCACUAAUCCGUAUGGAUUCCGGUCAGGAUCGCAGCGCGAUUCAGACACUUCCUCGGACAGAAUGUCGCAGUUUGGCACUGCUCGCGACUACCCUGAUUUCGAUAUGCAGAAUGAUCUCUUCUGGUACGAUGGCAGAGGUGAUGGUCGAGGUGAAGGCUCGUUCAACGAUCCGCGCCUGGAAUACUUUGUAGGUGUGAGCGAGGAUAAGUUCGUGAUGACAUCUGGAGCAGAGCGGCAGCUUGAGGAGGACACAGUUGGACUGUAUGACAAAUCUGAAGGGUUUGAGACUGAGGCAAGCGUUGACUUCUUGGACAAGCCAUGUCUUUUCGAUGCCACAUUAACUGCGAAAAAGGAUGCUAACAAGGCUAGAUCCACGGAUGAACAGGAUGGUUGUUUGGGGUUACUUUGCAAGUGUUGUGGAGGUGCGCGUGGUGGAAGGGUUUAUGAGAAAGAACCUGUUGAUUAUUUGUACUUAGGAUCCAAGGAAACCGAUGGCUUGAAUUGGUUAGAGCCAAAAGCAUGGGAUUUUGUCAAUGAAAUUAGGGAAGGAGAUUGUGGAAAUGAAGGGAUUAAAGACCGUGAAGGUGAUUUUGAUCAACUGGUUCCAUUUGGAGUGGAUUAUGAUGAGCUAGGGCGUGAUGAAGUGAGUGAAGCACAAAAUGAAUCACACCAUGAGGUUCUGCCUUCUAAUGAGAAGGAGGAUGCAAUCGAUGAUGAACUUAUCUUGUAUGAAAAUGAUGUUGAAGAGUGUGAAGUAUUUGAACUGCGGAUCAUACACCGGAAGAACAGAGAUCUUAAAACUAGUUUUGGGAUCCUGAAUUAUAUGCUAUUUUGUUUUGUUUUGUUUUGUUUUUCUGUGAUGGUCAUCAGGACAGGAUUUGAGGAAAACAAGGACCUGCCUAUUGUAAAUAACACAGUAAUAGGAGGCAGGUAUUAUAUAACGGAGUACCUAGGUUCAGCCGCUUUCAGCAAAGUUGUACAAGCACAAGAUCUUCACACGGGGGUAGAUGUCUGCCUCAAGAUCAUUAAGAAUGACAAGGACUUCUUCGAUCAAAGUUUAGAUGAGAUCAAGCUUCUUAAGCUUGUGAACAAGAAUGAUCCGAAUGACGAGAAGCACAUAUUACGCCUCUAUGAUUACUUUUAUCAUCAGGAGCAUCUCUUCAUUGUUUGCGAACUCCUACGAGCUAACUUGUACGAGUUCCAGAAGUUCAAUCAAGAAUCAGGUGCCGAACCUUACUUCACUUUAAGCAGGCUGCAGAUGAUAAUCCGGCAGUGUCUGGAGGCGCUUGAGUAUUUGCACCGCCUGGGGAUCAUCCACUGUGAUCUGAAGCCAGAGAACAUUCUGAUAAAGAGUUACAGCAGGUGUGAGAUCAAGGUCAUUGAUCUAGGUAGCAGCUGCUUUAAGACGGACACCUUGUGCUUAUACGUGCAGUCUCGUUCGUACCGUGCCCCUGAAGUCAUGCUAGGCCAUCCAUACAACGAAAAGAUCGAUAUAUGGUCUCUUGGCUGCAUCUUGGCCGAGCUAUGCUCUGGUGAGGUGCUGUUUCCGAAUGAUUCAGUAGUGAUGAUCCUGGCUCGGAUGGUGGGGGUUCUUGGUCCUUUCGACAUUGAAAUGCUGGAGAAUGGCCAGGAGACGGACAAAUACUUCACAAAGGAGCAUGACCUUUAUCAUAUUAACGAGGAGACGGACCAAAUGGAGUACAUAAUCCCGGAGGAGACCACAUUGGAGCAUCGAGUGGGGACGUCGGACGAGGUGUUUCUAGACUUCCUGAGGAGCUUGCUGGAGAUCAAUCCUUGGCGACGGCCAACUGCGAGGGAAGCCCUUCAACAUCCUUGGCUCUCUCAUUCAUACCACCACAGCCACCACUCUUCUACUUGAAGUUACUGACACAAACAUCUUUUUUUUGUGAAUCUUUGAUUGUUGACACCACGAGAUCGAUGGACUUGUAUUGUGUACAGAAAGUUGCGUGGCCUCCUUUUUCUGCUUCUCAUGAUCGAUCUCCCAUUGUUUUCAGAACCCAGAAAAGAUGGCAAUAACAUGAAAUGUUUUGACAAAUGACAAUAAUUAAACUAUAGGCUGGCGUUCGUGGGGCCGUCAUGCGCCAUGUGACAUGUCUGUAACGUAAGAGAGAGAGAGAGAGAGAGAGAGAGAGAGAGAGAGAGAGAGUGAGUCCGUGGGGGUUCCCAGCUCAAUUCUUGAAUGUGCUGUGGCUGUGAGGCAGGGGAAAGGGAAUUUGCUUUUCUUUCUCGAGUUAAUGGAGGAACUUCGUGAUUGUAGAGUCGAAUUUUGAAUUUAGUAUUAGAAUGGUAAGCAUAGACUAACAACACUUCAGUUUCAAUAUGAGAAACACUCAGGUCUCAGCC